GACGGAAGCACGUCGAUCCGGACUGCGUGGACGCGGCUCCCAAGGAGACAGAGGAGUCCCCCCCCCCAGAUACGGUGACAUUUUCUUCGUUUUUUCGUUUUUUCUCUGAUGAUCUUAAUUAGUCGACGCCAUGUGCUGACUUUAGUUGUCCGGAGCAGCAAAGCCAUCCGCGAAGCAACAGGUAACACGAAAAUACAGGAGGAAACAAGAACGGAGGGAGCAAAGAAGGGGGUCGUGAAUCAGCGGCGGAGCUAAGGUGGCUGGGCUCGGAGUAAGCUUCAUUUGGCCACACCUGAAAGCCGUCCAAGUGGUAAUAGCAUGGGCGGGGCCGUGGUGGACGACGGACCUACUGGGGUGAAGGCACCAGACGGUGGCUGGGGUUGGGCAGUGUUGGCCGGCUGCUUCGUCAUCACUGGAUUCUCCUACGCCUUCCCCAAGGCUGUCAGCGUCUUCUUCAAGGAGCUGAUAAAAGAGUUCCACGUGGGCUACAGCGACACGGCUUGGGUGUCGUCCAUCCUGCUUGCCAUGCUCUACGGCACGGGUCCUCUCUGCAGCGUGAUGGUGAACAAGUUUGGCUGCAGACCGGUGAUGAUGGUUGGAGGGUUCUUCGCUUCGCUGGGGAUGGUUCUGGCUUCCUUUGCAACCAGCAUUGUGCACAUCUACCUUUGCGUUGGCGUCAUCACAGGUUUGGGCCUUGCAUUGAACUUCCAGCCAUCCCUGAUCAUGCUCAAUCGCUACUUCAGCGAGAAGCGCCCUUUGGCUAACGGCCUGGCGGCGGCCGGCAGCCCGGUGGCGCUGUGCUGUCUCUCCCCACUGGGUCAAAUCCUGCAGUACCAGUACGGCUGGAGGGGCGGGUUCCUCAUACUGGGUGGAAUACUCCUCAACUGCUGUGCCUGUGCUGCCCUCAUGAGGCCGCUUUUGCCACCAAAGAAAACCAGAGAGCUAAAGGACGGCCUUUUAACUGGCACAGACGAGGAGAAGACGCCCCACCCCAAGAAGAAACUGCUGGACUUCAGUGUGUUCCGAGAUAGAGGAUUUGUCAUUUAUACAGUUGCUGCCUCCAUUAUGGUGCUGGGCUUGUUUGUGCCGCCCGUCUUUGUGGUCAACUACGCCAAAGGACUCGGCUAUGAGGACACGACCUCUGCGCUGCUGCUCACCAUCCUGGGAUUCGUGGAUAUGUUCGCCCGUCCCCUGUCGGGGGUUAUUGCAGGCAUGGAGUGGGUACGGCCCAGGUGCGUCUACUUCUUCAGUUUUGCGAUGAUCUUCAACGGAUGUACCGAUCUCAUUGGAUCACAGGCAAACACCUACGCAGGUCUGGUGGUGUUCUGCAUCUUCUUUGGCAUAUCUUACGGCAUGGUGGGAGCGCUACAGUUUGAGGUCCUUAUGGCCAUCGUGGGGACAGAAAAGUUUUCCAGUGCGAUUGGUCUUGUGCUGCUGAUGGAAGCGAUGGCUGUGCUCGUGGGCCCUCCUGGGGCAGGUCGUCUCUUGGACACCACACAGCGCUACAUGUACGUAUUCCUGCUGGCGGGCUGUGAGGUCACGCUGUCGGCCAUUGUCAUCGCCAUGGGAAACUUCCUGUGCAUGAAAAGCAAAGCGGAAGACCUGUGCCAGCUGGAAAUGGGCACCACGGCUGCAAAGGAGGAGACGCGUGAAGGAGAGGAGCAGAGAGAAAAGGAGAACGGGAAGGUGGCUGAUUUGCAUUUGCCAGGGGAUGCGGGGGAGGAAGUGGAGAAAAAAGAUCAGGAGGAAGUGGAUGAAGGGUGUCCAUGAAGACAUCGUGAGGACCAAAAAACACCGCAGGUCGAUGAUUGGCAUUGUUUGUGUGUACCUGAGACACUUGAGCUGAAAUGUUUUAGCUUCCAUCUGCUGCUGCUCUCACUUUAUCAACUCCCAAUUUGGCCACGCGACAAACAUCCCCUCAACAUCUCACGGCCAGAAACGCAAAGCUAACACUAAACAUUGACAUUUAGCGUAGAUUCCUGUGUGUCUUUGGGCUUUUUCCUUACGGAGCCGCCACUGCUGAUCUUUUUUUGAAUGCGAGUUUCAAAUGAAUGAAAAAAAACAUUGAAAGUUUUCCCAUAAUGCAUUCGGUUUGAGCAAACAUAGACGGAGCAGAGAGAGGCUGACGUCAUUGCAGCAUGUGUUGCUCAGAUUCAACACAUGAUGGGAAACUUUGAGUUGCUUUUUUGGUCCAUGUUAAUACAUUUCUGGGGUAUACCAUUUGAGUUUUAAGUUCCUGUGUGAUGAGUUUAGUGUUAUUUAUAAGAUGACAGCUUAAGUGUUCUAUAAAACGACCUAAUGUGAUUGACAAGCUGGUUGUGAGUGCACCGAUAGCUCGUGAUGGGGAGCGCCACCACUUCUACGUUCACUCUUGAGCGGCCAGUAUUUGACCCCUUAGUAGAAAUUGUCAUGUAAAGGAGAUAAGAAUAUAGUCAGGAAACAGCUGUGGGGUUGAAAUUAGCGGCUUAUAGAGUGGAAUAUGUGGCAUUAUAGCAUCCCCCAAGCCAAGAAGCUCUACUUCUACUGGCUGUGCUGCAACUUCACAUGCAUUUUCUUUAGCUGAUGCAAUUUUCCUUGAUGUGACGUAAGCACAGUGUGGUGAUUUGUGUACUUUGAUGCAGAGUACUGUACUCGUGUAAAAGCAACAUGCUGUGAUGUCAUUGCACAACGCUAGUGUCAUUAUAGCUUAUCAGUACGUACAUACGUACGUACAAAUGCAACAUAGUGAUGAUGCUAUUUUUGUCUCAAGUCAUGUGACAGUGUAUCUUUCUUGCACUAUAUUCUAAUAAAGAAAUCAUGGUA